UCUUGUCUGGUCUUGUGCUGGUCUUGUGCUGUCUUAACCUUGAAUAACAUGUGUAACAUACGACCGGCCCCGAGUUAAAAAGGAGACGUAUUCCCAUUAGGUUCUUGUGGAGCGCGUACCAUUCCCUCAGUUCCGCUCUUUGCGACCGUCAUACUAGGAAUCAAAGCCAAGAUGUCAUCAGCGACAGAGGUCGGGAAAGACUCAGACCCCGACACGCGGGAGUUGAAUGCUCCUACGGACGAGGAGUAUGCCUCCUCGACUAACGAUGGAAUUCAGCAGUUUGCUUAUUCCGACGAACGGAAGAUCGGUGUUACUGGAGCGGUAUUUCUGAUUUUGAAUAAGAUGAUCGGAACAGGAAUUUUCUCUACUCCCUCGGCCAUCUUCGCAGCAACUGGGUCGGUUGGCAUAUCAAUAAUAUUAUGGAUUGUCGGUGGUAUUUUGACCUUCUGCGGUCUGAGCGUAUUCCUUGAGUUCGGUUUGGCUAUUCCGCUCUCCGGUGGCGAGAAGAAUUAUCUCGAACGUGUCUACCGCCACCCGCGUUACCUGGCUUCAUGUGUUUUGGCAUCACAGAUGAUCCUCCUAGGAUUUUCGUCCGGAAACUCCCUCGCAUUCGGCCGGUAUGUCUUAGCUGCCGCCGGAAGCACAGAAGGAGACGGUUGGACGGCCCGUGGUAUCGCGAUCGCGUGUAUUACUUUCGCCGUCGCGCUCCACUCGAUUUUCCCCAAAUGGGGGCUGAGGCUUGUAAACCUCUUGGGAAUAUUCAAAGUGGUCAUUGUGAUCUUCAUCGUAUUUUCGGGCUUCGCCGCUAUCUCCGGUCGACUUCUCAUCCCGCCGCCCGGUAACUUCAAGAACGCGUUCGCCAUCGAGGUGACGGAGAAUUAUGGUGGCCGGGGCGCAUACGGAUACGCGACGGCGCUAUUGCAGAUUAUCUACAGCUAUAAGGGUUGGGAGAACGCCAACUAUGUGCUCGGAGAACUGAAGAAUCCCCGCAAGACCCUCGCGAUCGCAGCACCCAUCGCCAUCGGCGGUGUCACUAUCCUAUAUGUUCUAGCCAACGUGGCCUACUUCGCAGCGAUAACGAAGGACGACCUCGCUACUUCUGAGGUGUUGGUGGCUGGGUUAUUCUUUCGCAACGUCUUCGGUGAUAGUGCUGCUGCACGGGCUCUCCCUGCUUUUGUCGCACUGAGCAACCUGGGCAACGUGCUGGCCGUGAGUUUUGCACACGCUCGACUCAACCAAGAAUUUGGAAAAGAAGCGCUUCUACCGUAUGGAAAGUUCUGGGCGUCUAUCAAGCCGUUUGACGCGCCAGCUGCUGCUCUUUUCCUUCACUGGCUUAUCACAGUGAUCAUUCUCGUCGCCCCUCCCGCAGGCCCUGCCUACAACUUUGUCGUCAACUUAUAUACCUACCCCGGUGCUUGGAUCAACGGCUUUGUCACUGCCGGCCUCAUCUAUCUCCAUUACAAGAAAUCGGAAAAUUGGACAUCGCCUUGGCAUACAUAUUUACCGAUUAGCGUCAUCUAUCUCUUGGCCAAUAUCUUCCUCGCUAUUGUUCCCUUCGUCCCGCCGUCUGGAGACUGGAAUGCUGACGGUUACCCCUAUUUUAUAUUCCCCGUCGUCGGAGUUGGCGUUUUACUUCUAGGUGGAGUAUACUGGACAUGUUGGUCUAAGAUCUGGCCGGCGAUCGGUGGAUAUAGGAUCGAAGCUCAUAGAAUUGUCGAGGACGACGGCAAGGAGGUGGUGCGGUACCGGAAGAUCAAGACGAAGUAGUUGCAGCAGUAAAUGAUUCAAACGCCAUCCCAAUGAUGUAUUAACCUGGAUACUCGUAUAUAAAACCGAUUCCAUUUACCCUAAUACAUUAAGAUAGCGGAGGAACUAGUGAUUUCGUCAAUUAGAAUCAACUUAUCCUCAUAUUGCUUCGACCUUACGAUUAUUAUCCGAGUGAAUUCUCUUAGUAUAAAUGGCAAUAUGCUUAUAUUCCAGUCCAAAUAGCUCAGGUUAAAAAGUUAAUGUUAUGAUAGCGUCGUACGGUU